AUGAUCAUCCCGCUGUCCUCCAUGUCUGGUAUCGAUACAGUGGCUGCUACCUCUCUCUAUUCGUUCGACCUAAAGCUAUUUGGUCUCUUCUUUCUCGUCUUUUAUAUUAUACCGUAUCCCAUGUAUCGAUGUGUAGCGCACUAUCUGAAAUGGGAGCUCAACGUCAAAUCGUUAGCACGCCACUGGCAGGACCUCUUUGAUGGACUUAAUUAUGACUUGAUCCUGUUUAUAUUUGGCAAUUACACGUUCACAAUGCACUGGAUUACCAUAGCUGCUUUCUUUCCCUCUUUAUUUAUUUAUGGCCAAAUAGCGGAACUACCGGCUACAAAGACCUCCUUGCCUAACAUUAACCAAUGGCCUAAAGGAAUGUGGGUUGUCUUUCUCAUUGCGUUGAGAGGUUAUCUUCAUAGCAUCAUUCUGGCUUUUGCUGGUUAUCAUAUUUAUCUGGCUUGUCAAUUUUCUUUACCCUUUGUCAUUAUCUAUGUUUCGUGUUUGAGCAUUCCAGCGACGAUCCUUUUUUCGGCGUUCUUGCUUGCAAAGGAAGUGAACACAAACUGGCUUAGAACCAAAUUCUAUUUUGUCUUUCGUAAAAAACAAGCUAUCGACAAUGAGAGUGGUAAUCACCAUACGAGCACUCCCAUAGCGGAUGAAGCGACCAGUUUACUACCUACGACACAUGUCUCUACGCUACCCAAUCCAUACACUUACAAAAUCACUAUUCAUCUCCAUCAUUGGCAAAUAUUCUACGUAUUAGCGUUUUUUACUCGAUUCCAACAUCCUGUCUCACAAAUAGGCGCUGGUAUCGUUUUGGCGUGUUACAUGGAAGGCAUUUGUGCAUAUGGUUAUGAUAAACUGGUGAAUGAGGAAGCCAUUUAA